AUGCGGCGAGCAUUUAAGAAAACUGGGUUGUGUGUUUUGCUUCACUUGUUUUGUGCUGCCACAUGUAAGGUUGCCAAGAAGUCGCUUCGAACAUCUGCACGACAUUCUGCAUCCAGUCCUUUUGAGUAUCAUCUGGCCAUCCACGCGAAGCUAGAUGUCCCCAACAAGCUGGAAUGGACGUUGGUCAAGUUGCACAAAGCAGCUGACUUGGCGCAGCUACGCCAAGAGACCGCCCAGGCAAUGGGCCUGGAAGAUGCGGACGGUCUGCACUUUUACAUCGUGAAGCGAAAAGGGACGGGCGCUUGUGUGGGACUAGCGCCUCUCAGCCAGACUGCAUCCCUUCAGGCCCAGCAGCUGACUUUGCCACCUGAUGUUGUGCAGGUGGUCGAAUUGGUAUGCACCAAAGGGGACCCACCUGCAACAUCCGAAGUGCCCAGGUCAGCUGCUUCAUUUCCACGACCAGGUGUAUCCCUGCCCUUUUUGGGCACCACGUACCAGGCGACAGGGCCGGACCCCCUGCCAAUGUACAACUUUUCUCGGAACGUUUUUCCACCUAAUGCAGACAGGUUCCCAUACGGGCCGACAGUUGGGUCUUACAAUGGAGGUUACAAGGAUGCCAUUGGAGACUUCCCAUCUGACGUCGUCUUCCAUGAUGACGCUCGCAUGGUAACCAUUAUGACGGCCAGCGCAGACAUAGUCCAGGAGUUGAUCUCUCGCACCCCAGACUUCCCGAAACUGUGGAACCGACGAGCUCAAAUUGGGUUGCAAGACUUCACCGAGAACGGAUUGUUCACAAGCAGCGAAACUUCCGAGGAUUGGAAAGCAGCUCAUAGCUUGCUCCCGAGAGGCUUCAACCAAAUCAAAAUCAAAAACUUUGCGCCGCAAAUCUUGGCGAAGACACGUGCUUUCAUUCGCGAAUGGUCGCAUUUCCGUGCUGGUGAACGUGUGGAGGGUGUCAACGACUGGUUGACGGCAAUGACAGCGGACGCGGUGGUCACCUGUAGCAUGGGAAUGGAUAUGCGCAACGUGGAGCGACUGGGAGCAAAGCAGCCGCCGCACAAGUUUGUUGACAACUUCAGGAUGGGCUUGGGUGUCUCAACCGGGAGCAUAAAUGCAAAAUCAGAGUACGGGUGGAAACGCCACUUGCCGUUCUUCAAUGCAGCAGGCAAGAUACUGGCAAAGUAUGUAGCCGCGAAAGCAGACAUGCAAAGACAAGUGGAGGAGAUGGUAGAGGCAACUCGUGAAGGCGAACUGGGUGGACAGAACUCGAUCAUCAGGGCCAUGCUUGAGGACCGGACCGCCGAUGGCAAGCACGUACGCUACGGUGCUCUGUAUGGCCAUGUGGUGAACUUGAUGAUUGCUGGCCAUGAGACGACGGCCGCAACACUGGCAUUCACGAUGCAGUUGUUGGCAGAGCAUCCCGAGUACGAAGCUCGGGCCUUGCAGGAGGUCCGUGAGAUCCUGCAAGGAAGAACUGAGCCGUCGGUGGAUGACGUUCCCAAAUUGCAGUUUGUCGAGCAGUGCUUCCGAGAGGCUUUGCGAUUGUAUAGUCCGGUUUCUAGCUUGACUCGUGACGCUGCAUAUGACACUUUGCUGGGAGGCCGCCCGGUGUACCAAGGGCAAAGAGUGGUUGUCCUCACACGGGCCCUGCAUACGAAUCCAGAAUAUUGGGGUGGGAAGUUCGGAGAUCCUUUGUCCUUCAAUCCUGAUCGCUUUGCGCCGGAUGCGGUGAAGGAAAGACAUCCCAAUGCCUAUCACCCGUGGGGCUUUGCUACCCGGUCUUGUAUUGGAAGCCAGUUUGCCCUCUUCGAGGCCAAGACGUUUCUCGCGUCGAUGCUCUUGCACUUCCGCCUCGAAGGCAUCCCCGGGUAUAAGAUCGUUGCCAGCACCCAUGCAGGUGGAGCCGCACCUUCCCCCAAGGACUUGGCCUUCGUUGUGUAUCCGCGACCUGGAGGCCCUCUUUGGUCGGACACGGGCCUCAUGCAGCCGCUUCCGGCUUUGGCGGCAGUGGCCCCUGAGAGUCCAAAAGCAAAGGAGAGUCUCACGCAAGGCACCAACGGCCACAAGGGGGGGGAGGAGGGCAAGCAGGGCCCAGUUAUGAAAGUUCUCUAUGGCUCCAACGCCGGCUCCAGCCAAGAGUUUGCCACGCAGGUUGUGACGGCAGCUGCAAAGGCCGGAUUCCAGGCGUCCCUGGAGACUCUGGAUGCUGCUGUUUCGACAGGCUCCGUCGUCCCAGAUGGGCGCACCAUCGUUGUCGUCACGGCAACAUACAAUGGCUUACCCCCAGACAAUGCAAGUGCCUUCAAGCAAUGGCUCAUGAAGCAGAAGGAGGGUUCACUGAACGGUUUGCGGUUCGCAGUCUUCGGGGUCGGAAACUCCCAGUGGCACACAUACCAACAGUUCCCACGUGAAGUUGAUGCGGGCUUGCAAUCUUGCGGUGCUGCACGUAUCUGUGACCUUGGGGCUUGUGAUGUGGAUAGCUCCUCUUUUGAUUCCGACUUCGAUGAUUGGCUUGCGAAUUUGCUGCAGAGAAUUGGUGGGGCUUCCAGUGUGGCGCAUGCAGAUGCAGCUUCUGCCGAAGACAUGUCUGGAAAGAAUGAGUUCGUGCUGGAGGAUGGCUCGCUGGACGCGUCUGCUGUCAAGACAGACGUGAAGACCGCCAUAGCUGCCAUCAAUACGUCCAUGCAAGCUGCAGCCAAACUGCUUGGGGAGGUCGCAGCGCCUCCCAGCCGAAACGUUGCUCUGGAAGUCGUCUUGCCAAGCCGCGAGCUUUGCAAGAAGCCUCAAGCUCGCAGCGUCCGUCACGUAACUUUGCGGCUUCCUGAUGGCCAUCCCGGAUAUCAGCCUGGCGACCACCUGGAGGUGCUGCCUCCGAAUGACCCUGAUUUGGUGAAGAUGGCCCUGGAUGUUUUGCAGCUUCGUGGAGACGCAGCUGUUCGCUGGAACAUCAACAUGAUGGAAAAGAAAUGGCGCAAUGUGAACAUCUUCAAAGAUGCACGGUGGUGGGAGAAACUUCCUCCAAUUCAUCUCACUGCCAGCCUGGUUCUGCAAUAUUUCCCUGAUUUGGCGAGUCCUCCAGGACGCAAAGCAUGUGCGGCGCUUGCUCGGCUUGCGACAACUCCUGAGGCAAAGGCCGAGCUUGGCCUGCUUGGGAGUGAUGCUGAGCAUCACAAGCAGAAAGUGGCUUCUAUUGGGCUCUCAUUGGCUGAACUCAUGCAUAGCUAUCAGGGGAAGCUUGAGUGCCAGGUUGGUGACAUCCUGAUGAUCGCCAAACCUCUGGCCCCACGACGGUACAGUGUGUCCUCCAACCCAGACAGCCUGCAGGACAAGCGCUUUGUUACAGUCACUGUUGGGCAGGUGAAGUUCACAACUGGUACAGGCCGCGUUCAUCGUGGACUUGCUUCAACUCGGCUGGGAAACAUGGCUGUCGGCGAUGCUAUUCCAGGCAACGUCAAAACGAUGCAGUCGAAUUUCCAUUUGCCCGAAGAUCGGUCGGCACCAAUCAUUAUGGUGGGACCUGGAACCGGCCUGGCUCCCAUGAUGGGUUUCUUGCAGCAGCGAGAGGCUUUACUCAAGAAGGGCACAAAAGUUGGCCACGCAACCCUGUUCUUCGGUUGCCGUGCUCGGGAUGAAGAUUAUCUGUACCAGGAAGAGCUGGAGGGUCACUUGAAGUCUGGGGCACUCUCCCAGCUUCACGUGGCCUUUAGCAGGGAGUCAGGGCAGAAAGUCUACGUGCAGGACAAAAUUUCAGAGCAGAGGGAGGCGUUGUGGAAGCUUCUGCAAGACCCCAAAUGUACAGUCUUCGUUUGCGGUGAUGCCCGUGCAAUGGCUCCGGAUGUCAAGCGUGCUUUCCAGGAGGUUCUGGAAAGUGGAGGAAGAAGCAGUUCAUCGGCGGCGAACAUGAUUGCCGCGAUGGUCGAGUCCGGCAGAUACGUCGAAGAUGUGUGGGCCUAG